CGUUCCUCUCAACUCGUCCCACCAGACCGCCGCCCGCAACCUCGCCGCCAUGGAGUCGAUGACGAGGAUAUCGAGCAUGCUGGAGACGGCUCGCGACCUGACCCUCGAAGCCGCCCGCGAUGCCAGCUCCGCCCGCAAACCCUCCUCGCGCCCGCUGCCCGCCUUGCAGAUCAAGAAGCUGCUCGACUCGCGCCAUGACCGUGAAGUCCUCGAGGGCUUGCGGCGCGUCAUAGCCAUGUCGUACCGCAACCAGCCAACCCUGCCCUUCUUCAGCGCCGUCGUCAAGAACAUUGCCUCGCCGAACCUCGAGAUCAAGAAGCUGGUGUACAUCUACCUCCUGCAGCAUGCCGAGGAAGAGCCCGACACGGCGCUGCUGUCCAUCAACACGAUCCAAAAGUCGCUCGUCGACUCGAGUCCCCAUGUGCGCGCCCUCGCCCUGCGCGUCAUGUCGGGCAUCCGCGUCCCCGUCAUCUCCCAGAUCGUCUCGCUCGGCAUCAAGCGCGGCGCCGGCGACAUGUCGCCCUUUGUGCGCAAGGCCGCCGCCCUCGCCAUCCCAAAGUGCUACCGCCUCGAUCCAAACACCCUCCCCCAGCUCAUCGAGUACCUCUCCACCCUGCUCGGCGAUAAGCAAUACUACGUGGCUGGCGCCGCCGUCGCCGCCUUCUCCGACAUCUGCCCGGACCGCAUCGAUCUCAUACAUCCGCAUUACAGGAGCCUGAUACGCAAGCUUGUGGACAUGGACGAGUGGGGCCAAUUGGCGACUCUGCGCUUGAUGACUAUCUACGCGCGCAAGUGCUUUCCUCGGCGGACGCGGUGGGCCAAGAAGAAGACGGCUGGCGGCAAGAACACCAAGCCCACAAAGGGCUUCUAUGACGAGAGCAGCUCGGACGAGGAAGAGGACGCCGAUGAGGAGACGGAGGAGGUCGUGCUCAUCGAUCCUGAUCUUGAGUUCCUUCUCAAAUCGCUGACGCCGCUACUCCAAUCGCGCAACAGCGCUGUCAUAGUUGCCGUGGCGCGUUGCUACCUGCACCUCGGCAAUGAGACUUACCUCGACCGUGCCAUUGGACCGCUCGUCUCGCUCUUCCGCUCCUCGCCCGACAUCCAGCUCGUCGCGCUGCACAAUGCGGUACGCGUGUGUCUGGCGCGGCCGCAGCCCUUUGUGCGCUACGUCUCGCACUUUGUGCUGCGCGCCACCGACGCGCCCCCCGUCUGGCGCCUCAAGCUCGAGCUGCUCACGCUCAUCUUUCCCCACGCGCCGCCGCACCUGCAGUCACUCGUCCUAGCUGAGCUUUCGCACUUUACCGCUGGCCACGAUGCCGCGCUGGUGCGAGAAGCCGUACGCGCCAUCGGCCGCUGCGCCCAGCGCACCGAAGACCGCGCCACUGCCGCCCGCUGCCUGCGCCUGCUGCUCCAGCAAGUCUCGAGCCCGGACGCGCGCCUUGUCGCCGAGGCCCUCGAGGUCGUGCGCCACCUCAUCCAGCGCGACCCUGGCGCGCACGCCGGCACCGUCAUGCGUCUGGCUAAGAACCUCGACGCGGCCGCCAGCCCCCAUGCCCGCGCCAGCAUUAUCUGGCUCGUCGGCGAGUUCGCCGCCGUCGAUCCCGAGAACAACAUCGCGGCAGAUGUGCUGCGCAUCCUAGCAAAGGGCUUUGCCAACGAGGCCGAGGAGAGCAAGCUCCAGAUCCUGCUGCUCGCCGCCAAGGUCUACCUGCACCACCUGCAGCUGCACCCGCCGCCCAAGCCCGUCGCGCCGUCUACGGCCGAGGAACUUGGCUCGUCUGGACCACCCACGGGCCUCGAAGACGAGGGCGGCUUCCACGAAUUCAACAACAACAACGACACUACCGACGACGCAGCCGCGCGCCGGCCAUCCGCCCAAGAGACGCCACACGCCAUCCCGCUCCUGUACAACUACAUCCUCCUCCUCACGCGCUACGACACAUCAUAUGACGUGCGCGACCGGGCGCGCGUGUACCGCUCCCUGCUCGCGGUGCCGAGUAGCACCGAGCUGGCAACGCUGCUCCUGCUCGCGCCGAAGCCGGUGCCGCACGCGCCCAGCCCGUCCGAGGCGCGCGGCGGCUACAUGCUGGGGUCGGCGAGCCUGGUCGUGGGCGACGAGCGCGGGGUCGGGGGGCUGGGGCUGCGGGGCGGGGAGGAGGAGCUGCCGGAAUGGGUGGCGGAGGGCGAGGAGCCGGAUGCGAGAUUGAGGGAGGAUGGGGCUGGUGGUGGUGCUGGUGCUUCUGCGUCGGCUAAAACAGAUUAUUAUGGUGAGGUGAGGACGGUGCCGGCGGGGGAGCAGUUGGACAGAGCGGUUAGGGAGAGUGGUGGCUUUGGCGGGGCGGAGAUGGCGGGCGUGGCGGCGGCGAUGGCGAGGAGGCAGAAUGGUGGGGGGGAGAGGUCGUUGGAUGAUUGGUUGAAGGAGGAUGAGGAUGAUGAGGAUGAGAGUGAAGAUGAAAGCGAAGAGGGCAGUGAAGAGGAGACGGACGAGGACAGUGAGGAGGACAGUGAGGAGGAUGAGGAGGAGGAUGAGGACGACGAGGAAGAGAGCACGGAUGAGGAGGGCGAGAAUGCGAGAUUGGUGCGGUGAGGGGAGCUUGCCGCUACGGCUACCUACGCUGUUGCGGGAAACAAAACAUGAGGAGGCUAUGCCAUGCCGCGCACGACGUCCUUGUGCACGCUCGCUCUCUCGCUCUCGCGCUUCCGUUCGCGGCCUCUGUGCCCAAGGUUCUUUUAUCGUCGACACCGACAUCGACACCGACAUGGACAUGAUCACUACCAUCGCCGCCGCCGCCGCCGCCGCUGCUGCCGAGGACUGCCGAGGCUGGAAUGGGAUGAGAUGGGGAUAGGGGGGGGGGGG